CUUUGGCGCCGCUAUCUACACCAGGAACCGCCUGCCCGACUCCACCUCUUCCUUUCCCGGGCUGUGGCCACGCGCGGCGGUUCCGCUUAAUCCUCGGGCCGCCCGGUGGGUCCUCCUCCCCGCCAUUGUAGGAGGCCGCGCCCUAUUCUACAGUGGUGGUCGGCCAGUGGCGAGAAGUUGGGCCGGUGUUUGGUGAGCGUGGCUGGCUUCGAGAGCUUCUCUUGGGAGAGUGUUGUCUAGCAAUUAAGUAUCAUGUCUGACAACGGAGAACUUGAAGAUAAGCCCCCAGCACCACCUGUUCGGAUGAGCAGUACUAUUUUCAGUUCAGGAGGCAAAGACCCAUCGUGUACUAAUCAUAGCUUGAAACCCCUGCCCUCUGUGCCAGAAGAGAAAAAACCUAGGAACAAAAUCAUCUCUAUUUUCUCUGGCACUGAAAAAGGGAGUAGGAAAAAGGAAAAAGAAAGGCCUGAAAUUUCUCCCCCAUCAGACUUUGAACAUACCAUUCAUGUUGGCUUUGAUGCUGUUACUGGAGAAUUCACUGGAAUGCCAGAACAGUGGGCUCGGCUGCUACAAACCUCAAAUAUCACCAAGUUAGAACAAAAGAAGAACCCUCAGGCUGUAUUAGAUGUGUUGAAGUUCUAUGACUCUAAAGACACUGCAAAACAGAAGUAUCUGAGCUUGUCUGCUACAGACAAAGACGGCUUCCCCUCAGGAGUGCCUGCACCCAGUGCAAAAGGAUCAGAGCCUUCUACAACAACUGAAGAGGAAGAGGAUGAUGAAGCUGCCCCUCCAGUUAUUGCUCCGAGGCCAGAUCAUACAAAAUCAAUUUACACUAGGUCAGUAAUAGAUCCCAUCCCAGUUCCAUCUAGUGACUCUGGUGACAAUGCUGCAAAAUCAGCUGAUAAGCAGAAAAAGAAAGCAAAAAUGUCAGAUGAAGAGAUCAUGGAAAAGCUAAGAACUAUUGUAAGUAUAGGAGAUCCAAAGAAAAAAUAUACCAGAUACGAAAAAAUAGGGCAAGGGGCUUCAGGUACUGUUUUUAUUGCCAUAGAUGUGGCAACAGGACAGGAGGUUGCUAUUAAACAGAUAAAUCUUCAGAAGCAGCCCAAGAAGGAGUUAAUUAUCAAUGAGAUUUUGGUAAUGAAGGAACUGAAGAACCCAAACAUAGUCAACUUUCUAGACAGUUACCUUGUUGGAGAUGAACUGUUUGUUGUAAUGGAGUACUUGGCUGGUGGGUCUCUCACGGAUGUGGUUACAGAGACAUGCAUGGAUGAGGCACAGAUUGCUGCUGUCUGCAGAGAAUGUUUGCAGGCGCUAGAGUUCCUCCAUGCCAAUCAGGUGAUACACAGAGAUAUUAAAAGUGACAAUGUGUUGCUGGGAAUGGAUGGAUCAGUUAAACUGACUGACUUUGGAUUCUGUGCUCAGAUAACUCCUGAACAGAGCAAACGUAGUACUAUGGUUGGGACACCUUACUGGAUGGCUCCUGAAGUGGUAACACGGAAGGCCUAUGGCCCUAAAGUAGAUAUCUGGUCCCUGGGCAUCAUGGCUAUUGAAAUGGUUGAAGGAGAACCUCCAUAUCUCAACGAAAAUCCUUUGCGGGCUUUAUAUUUGAUAGCAACAAAUGGCACCCCAGAGCUGCAGAACCCAGAAAAACUGUCUCCAAUAUUCCGUGAUUUUCUAAAUAGUUGUUUGGAAAUGGAUGUAGAGAAAAGAGGGUCUGCCAAAGAACUCUUACAGCACUCUUUCCUGAAACUGGCCAAACCUUUGUCAAGCUUGACGCCACUGAUCCUAGCAGCCAAAGAAGCAAUGAAGAGUAACCGUUAGCAUUGCUGCUGUGGCCUUCAUAAUUUUGUUUUUAUUUUUAAAAAUCUUGAUAAUAUAUAAAUUGUUCUUGUUAGGGGCUGAAAGUCUGCAGAAGUGGAGGGAAAUCUCUCACCUGGAACACGUACAAGGAAAAAAUGUGGUAGUGCUAGUGAACUCUUCUAGGAUCCCAGAAGAUGUGGACUGAAUCACUGGCCUUUUCACUUUUUUGCAGACAACUCAAGCAUGUUUUACUAAGUCUGAGAGUUUUUCUCUCUCUUUCUUUGUCACUCUCUUUUUUUUUUAGUGAUGAUUUUGCUGUACCAGAUCCCACUCAUUGUGCUCAGUUGGGCAGUUUCAAUACUUGAACAAUUGAUUCAAGCUUUUAAAGGGAGGCAUUACUUUUAAUGUGCUAAUAUUUUUACUUCCCUUCCUUUUGUCUGUCAGCCUUUCAAAAUAUGGCAUGCUCCAAAUUAUUGGAUUAAAGGCAGAUGGCUAGAAAUGUGAAAGUACCUCUGACCCUCUUUUUCUUAAGUACAGUUUAGCUGUAGUUGUUGUGUAGCAUUAACCACCCAGCUACUUAAGAACCACAAUGUUUUAUUGACUCUGCUUAAAAACAGAAGAACAUGGGCAGAGAGGGAAGGAAAAGAUUCAGCAAAGUUGCUGCAUGGACCUCUUAACCCAAGGGAAAGAUUCCUCUGAAUUUUGAAGAUGCAAUGUGAAUGUGGGGGAAAGGAGGAGUGUGUGUGUGUAUGUUUGAGUGUUUAAUGCUUAAACCAUCCUCUGGGCUUGGAGAGAGAACCCCAGUCUGAAAACUGUCUUCCACUUCUCCCUUGCCUCUUUAGGCUUGUUCGUAACAUUUAAAUGGUUGUCUUGAAAGUUUGUGGUUUUAUAGCAAAGUGCUGUAUUCAUGUUCUGACUUGGGCUUUAUGCUGGUGCCUUCUGAAUUUUUAAAUUACCCUUCUUUGUAUUAAAUACAUUUUGUAUAUGUUGUACAUUUUUCCUCCAAAAGCAAAUAAUGCACCAACUUUGGAGUUGUCAGGACUUGUAUUAGAGCUGUUCCUUUUUAAUAUAUGUAUAUGCGCCAUUUCUACUAACAAAAGAUUCAGCAGAUUUGCAAAAAUGGAAAAUCCAGGACUUUUUGUAUAAUUCAACCAACUGAAACUUCUGAACACCUAAAGUGCUAUUUUGUGGAGACAAAAGGUGGUAUGUAGCUUAGAAUCAGUGUUUGAAUUGGCUUGCUGGAGAAACUUGCCUUCUCAUGGUGGUCCUUUCCUGAAAGACUUCUCAAUUGUUAUGGCAGAAAGUAAAACACAAGAUAAAGUGCCUCUUUAAAUGAAAAUAAUUGGAGCCAUAGAAGAAUUGAGGUUCCAGUUGAGGCAGCCAGGUAGAUCAUGAGGGUUCCCUGGUCACUCACAUCAACCUUUUAAAAUCACUAUUUUUAUGUGCAACUUAAUGGAAAAUUCUUGAAUGAUGUGCCAAACCAUAAUACAAAAAGAUUAAUUAAUUUGGUGCUAUAGCUUUGCCACACUCCUACAUAGUAUUCAUGGGAGAACAUCUUAAAAGAACUGAUUUAAAAGAGAUCCUUUAUGGUCAGUGAAAGGGGCUUUCUUAUUUUUGAACAAGUAUAACAAGUAUUGGUAUAAGAAUAUACUUGUGUUGGUUUCAUGCACAGGUUGCUGCAAAAACACAGAUUCUGAGUUUGGAGCUGUUGCACCCCACAAGGUUCCAUUCCUUUAGAAGCUGGAAGUGCUUGCAGCAGUCCACUGAUGCUCUCUGCCUUAUUUGUACAGUGGAAAGCAAUGCCACACUCCCAUUUUUAGUUUUAUCUUGUGAAAAGUAUUCCUUUGAAAAUGAUAUAACAAAGCAGUCCAUUUAUUUUCAGUGCAUUUGUAAUGUCCAUGGUUUGGUCCAAGGAAGUGUUCUGCCCUCGUCUGUGUGAUAUUUUACAAUGCUGUUCUUCCCCUUGCCAUAACUUGCAAUAUUGAUCACCUUACUGUAAAAGUUAGAGUAGUCUUGAUUUUACAUUUGUUUAUGUGAAUCAAGCCAAGACACUUAAAAAAGAAAAGGAAACCUUGCAUUUAAUUUUAAUGUUAGCAUUGGUUUUUUGUCUAUUGCUGGCAAUAGAUUAUGUGGAAUCCAUGACUCCUGUGGCAUAGGUGUGUUGGUGUUCAUUUUUAAUGGUAGCACUGGUAAGGUUAAAAAAACAUAGUUAGGGAAAGUUAAUUUUAAACAAGAUGGUAGGAUUUAUUGGCCUUUUAAGUUAUUUCAUUAAACAGUUAUUUGAAAUUAGCAAUCCACUGCAUAUCAAUCUGUCUUCUUAAAUCUUCAAGAAGUCACUAACAAUUUGGACUAGCCCAGGAGUAGCUGAGGCACAUGUGGUGGCCUCUGGUACCCUCAUGGAACUGAGAUCUCUCACAGUGUGUUCGUAGGCACUCUGGAGAGUAGCUUGCGGUUUCAUGCUUCAGGAGAGCCUUCAUCUAAUUGUCUUGCUUCCUGGCACUAGAAAGAACUAGGAACAGAAGUAGGAGACAUUAUGGGACAAAGGGAUUGUCAUCAAGAUCCGUGGUUCAUUCUCACCUGACUAACUUCUUGGCUAACUCUGAUUCACCCAGAUUUUCAGUUACUAAUGGGAAUAUGUAAUGACUGAUAUAUACUGUCUUCAGGUGUUUAUUUUUGAUCUAUUGUGACUUUUUUCAGGCUAAAUUCAGUAUGUGUUGAUUACCCCAUCUUGGGUCUGAGCCUAGUUUAAUGUAUCAUUGGUGGUCACUAAAGUAAGAGCUGAGCCUGCAGUGGCAAGUUCAUGUCCUCAGAAUUUAAUCUGGCCUAACAAAGUCACCGUAAUUGAAAAUAAACCCCAAAGGGCUGUUGUGGAUCAGCUUUUGUGUUUUGAACAUGUUUCAGAUAUGAGCCAUAAUCUAUGGUUUGAAUACACGCAAGAAGGGUGUCUUAGACUUUGAAAGCAGGUUUACCUGGAAUAAUCAGAUCCCAUUUCUUUUCCUAUCACAGAAAUUGAAACAAACCUGGUUUCUGACCACAGAGUGUCCCAGUGAGUGUGUACUGGUUUGUGUAGAGACACUUAUCACUUGAACAUGGAUGUUUUUAACUUAAGUGAUCACCAUAUAUGUACUCCAUGGCAAUUAGGAGAAAUUUAACUCUGCUAAUAGAGUUGGAAGGGUUUCUUUGGUAUGUGUCUUCAUAGCUGGAAUUAAGUACACCUUAAAUUGAUUUCCUUCUGUACAUUCUUUUUCUCACUUUGCCAGAUUGUAAAUGGAAGUAGGUGCAAGCUUUCAAUAUUUUUUUACUGUCUUCAGAUUUUAUUGCCUUUUGUUUAAUUUAAUCCCGAUCUGUUAUUUAAUUGUUACUGCAAUAUUAACUACUGUAUUUGACUAUGUUUAAUGACUUUGUUCUUUCAGGGCUAGAAAUAAACAUUUUUAAAACGA